ACUACACCUUAAUUGAAUUUCAUUCAAAAGCUCUCGAAAACCAGCACACUCGUUCAAGUUAUGUUCGCGACAAAGGACGAAAAUGAACAUACUCCUGCUGAUUCUAUGGGGGCAAGUUACUUUUGCAAUUAGCAAUACACCUCAAUCCAGAGUAGUCUAUAUGCGUCCACCUAACGAACGUGGUCCGACUACCUGGCAAUCAGGUUUGAAAUGUCUUCAAGCCAUUGGAUCGGCCUUUUUGGCGAGAACAAGGCAACGUGUCAAACUUAAUAUGAUCAUUACACAUUCCACAAAUCUGACCACACCAGCCGCUCAAAUUCAGGAACAAUACUUGAUCAUGAAGAACGAAGCAGUUAACCCGGGCUCGACAAAUAAGCUUCUCGGUUCGUAUCUCAUGAGUGUAAUAUCCGAUGCCCAACCUCUGCCGAAACAGGUAUUCCUAUCAGAUUAUAUCGUCUACACGGACUCGUAUGUGAUAGUUGUGGAUUGUUUGGAUCAAAUUUACACGCUUUUCGAGGACUACAUCAGCAGGAUGCAGUCAUGGAAUCCAGGUGCCAAAUUUCUAAUUCUCUACAACCACCUCGAUGACCGGAAUAGAGGCUUGGAAGUAGCCAACGAAAUCUUUGAUUUACUUUUAAACUACUUCUACGUUAAUACCAUCUCCCUGCUAUAUGCAGUCAACAAUACCGGCUACGAUUACUACAUCCUUGAUAAUUUCAACAGAGAAUCCUGCCGUAGUGUAAACUCCAAGAAAAUCGGAACUUGUGACAUGGGAGUUAUUCCUAACGAGUUCUAUGUGAGACGGUCAAUCUACAAUCUUGUCCGGAAGUCAAGCAUAGAAAACUGCACAUUUUACAUGUGCGCCGCCAUUAAUGCACCAUUCAUCGAGGAACACUGUACCAGUGGACUUGAAAUGAAUCUCAUCCAAAUGAUUGAGCAAGAAUUAGGAUUUCAGCUGAACGUUACGUGUGAAAACAGUCAAAGAGGCGUUAGACAGAAUGGUAUUUGGACCGACUUACUGGGUCGUUUGAAUAACCGCAGCUGUGACUUCAUCAUUGGGGGCUUCUUUUCAGACGACGAAACUCGUGAAGACUUUUGGGCAACCGAUUCCUACCUCUACGAUAGUCAUACAUGGUUCAUUGCUGCAGCAGAACCUCGACCGCCCUGGAAGGCACUCUUUUUCAUCUACCAGCCGAACAUGUGGCUUUGCAUAGGCAUCGUCCUCCUAAUCACAUGGUUCUUUUGGCUGACAUUUGGCUGCACCCUGCCAGAGAAGGAAGCCCAUAAAUCCAACACCCUGACAGCUAUUAAUUCUUGGGGUGUGACGUUAGGCAUCCCCGUUUACGAACAUCCCGAAUGUCACACGUCUCGGAUUUUCUUCAUCGGCUUAUGCCUCUACGGCAUGAACGUGACGAGCGUCUAUACCUCCAAACUGAUUGCUGUAUUUGCCAAUCCUGGCCACGAACACCAGAUAUCCACCAUCGAGGAGGUUAUCCAUGAGGGGAUUCCAUACGGUGGACCGGCAGAAAAUCGUGACUGGUUCGAGAAUCCUGACGACAUCGAAAUCUACACGGGCUAUAAUGACAGCGAUAAUUUUAUACCGCGAACGCAUAAUUUGGGUGCGGUGUUGACGGGUGAACGUGUCAUAUUGGCAAAUCGCAUGUUCAUGCUGCGCAACCGGAACUUAAAUCGAUUGUAUGGGUUUCCGACCAAUGUGUUCGCCAGCUCGGUGGAAAUUAUUGCAAAACGUGGAUUUCCGUUUUUGAAACGUUUCAAUGCGCUGAUACGGCAGUUGAAGGACGGGGGGUUUUUCAGGAAAAUUGACAAUGAUUUUCAGUACCGUUAUACAGUGUUGGUGAAGAUACGGGAGUCACGGGACGACUUUAAUGAAUCAGUAAUUGUAUUGACCAUACACCAUUUGGAAGGGGCGUUUGCUUUUCUUAUUUUCGGUUCUCUACUUAGUUGUAUGGCAUUUGCCGGAGAGCAAAUCAAUUACAGAUACUUUCGUCCAUGGUUCUGCAAGAAAUUCAAUUGCAAUAACGAAACGGAAACUGAAAAGUACCAUCAACAUCGGACACGAAAGCAUCAGCAGCGUCAUCGUCAUCAUCAGUAUGAACAUAAAAUUCGAAGCAAAGAUAGAGGCGUAAGGAAAACACGGAAGCAGAAAGAUGUAGCUACUGCAGCACCACCAACAAGGGAUGAAAUGAAAACCAUCAUCAGUGUUGAGAUGGAACAGAUUCGAUUCACCCCAUUGAAGAGGAGAAAGAUUCGAUUGGUUUGAAUAUGUGAAUAGUGAGUGGCCUCGAGGGUUCUAUAGGGAAAAUUUGCAAAAAUAUGUGCAGCAAGCUCCACUUGAAAUCUUGAAGUGCAGAGUUCAAUAUGAAUUUAAUGAUUUCUCGAUAAAAUUGUUCGAUGUCCAGUGCAUGCCAUGUCCUUGGGGGAUAUUUAAUCGUAUUUAUAUAAAAAUAGGUUGUGAUUUUGAUAUGCUUGUAUAUAAACUUGUGUAGUUUUAAUUAAAAAAAAUAUCAGUUUUGCAUUGUUUUUCUUUUUAAGUGUUGUUGAAAAAACUGCAAUUUCUGGGAAUAAAAUAAAAAAUAAUCAAUUUUUGU